AUGUGGAGAGGGCCAUGGUAUGUACCCGAACUCAGAGUCUUAAAUCUCGGGAACAAUAGUCUCACGGGUAUAAUCCCUCCUUAUGUUGGAAAUGCCACAAAAUUGAUGAACUUCGAUUUGUCUGAGAAUAGAGUCAGCGGCAACAUUCCAAAGGGGAUCGGUAAUCUGAGCCAACUAACAGAGUUGUAUUUGUACAACAAUCAAUUAACAGGUUUCAUUCCCACAACAUUGUUUAAUAUUUCGUCACUUCUUGCCAUAUUUCUUGGAAUCAAUAGGCUUUCCGGUCCUCUCUUGGUAGAUGAAGGAAAUAUUGUCUCAAAUUUCAACUUCUUAAGUAUAUCUUACAACCAAAUUUCUGGCUGCAUUCCUUCCAACAUAUGCCAACUCACAGAGCUCAAUUUUUUGUCCAUAUAUUUCAACAACAUAACUGGAGACAUACCCAAAAAUAUUGGUUGUUUAUCUAACCUCGAGAAGUUUUAUAUUGGUGAGAAUCCAAUAAAAGGGACUAUUCCCACUUCAUUGGGAAAUAUUUCCACUCUGCAAUAUCUUUAUUGUGGAAACAAUCGCAUAGUGGGGCAAAUUCCUCCGGAAUUAGGGAAGAUAUCAAAUUUGAGGGAAUUAAGCUUUGUCCAUAAUUAUAAUCUUAUUGGGCAAAAUUCUCAUACCUUAAAAGCUAUCAAAUGCAUUGUCAGCAUUAAUGUUUCAUUUAAUGAUUUAGAAGGUGAAAUACCGAGUGGUGGUGUGUUUGCAUAUUCCACUCUCCAAUCAUUUCUCGGGAACAAAGGUCUCUGCGGAAUGCACAUAUUGGAGAUUCCUGCUUGUGCUAUCACUAAUCCUGGAAAACAAUCAAAGAUCAAGGAGGGUUUGCUAGAAAUUGUUACUCCAGUGGUUACUUCAUCCUUUCUGAUAUUCUUGUUGGCUACAAUUUGGAUAAUGAAACGACAAAAGAAAGGGAAGUCCAAAGAUGUGGAGAAGGUACCGGAGAUCAGGACUCAUCAAUUAGUUGCAAUGGGAGUCUUGAGAAUUGGUUGUAUAGAGAAGAGUUCCACUUGA